AUUGGGGCAAAGCCUCAAAGGAUGUGUGCCGGGGCCUAAUUUAGUUGGCAACGGAACCAAUCGUCCCAGGAGCACGAACUAAGAACGUAAGAGAGACGAGAUCUGACCAUAGAUAAAUUAAGGUCGGAGGGUCAUUGCUCGUGGGAUCUCGGCCCCCGAAAUCUGCUGCAAGUGGGGACGUAUUGUGCAGUAAUUUCCAAAGAUCUUUAGGCUGAAUUGAGUUCCUCCGGAUAACAACAAAUAUUACAUAUGGAUCUUUGGGGGGCAAAGACCUCUGUCUGUCUCAGAGUUUCUGCUGUGGCUGGGGCUAUAUCCUGUUGCUGCAAACAGCAAACCAUAUGAUCCUUCUUUUUUUGUUUUUGCGUUCGGCAAAUUGAUUGACAUCUGUCGCAGCCACCAACUGCAGUAACAACUGCAGCCUGUCCGUCCAUGGUCAGUCCGGUGAUGGACUGAGUUGCUGUACAUUCUCCUGCUCCCAUAACUUAUGCUGCUGCAGGAACUUCUGCUGUUGCCUUAACUUCAGCAGUAACUGCAGUUGCUGCAGAAGUCACUGUAGGAGUUAAGUUACUGCAUUAGCUCUGGUUGGGAAAUUGCUGUUCUCGCUUUCUGCAGUAGCUACACUAGGACUUCUACAGUAACUGCAGAAGUCACUGUAGGAGUUAACUGCGGUAGCUGCAGUAGCUUCUGCAGUUAUGACAGAAGUUACUUGCACUAACUUCUAGCUCGGGUUGGGAAAUUGUUGUUCUCUCUUUCUGAGAUUCUGCAGUAACCGUACAGUAACUGCAGAAGUCACAGUAGGAGUUAAGUAACUGCAGUAGUUGUGAGUAACUGCAGUAGUUGCAGUACCGUCUGCAGUUACGACAGAAGGUACUGCACUAACUUCUAGCUGUGGUUGGGAGAUAGCUGUUAUUCCUUCUGAGAGAGUGGUGUCAAUCUCAUGCCCCAUGGCUACCCCAAUUUUUGUCUCAUAAGGAUGGCUAUUCCCAAUUUGUCUCGUUAGUAUGUUGUAUCUCCAGCUGCUGCAGCUAGACUGAGAGAGAGAGAGAGAGAGAGAGAGAGAGAGAGAGAGAGAGAGAGAGAGAGAGAGANAGAGAGAGAGAGAGAGAGAGAGAGAGAGAGAGAGAGAGAGAGAGAGAGAGAGAGAGAGAGAGAGAGAGAGAGAGUGAAGACGGUCAUCAUCAACAGGUCACCGUCUUUCUAUGGUCAUCAAAGGGGUUGGACCAUACACCACUUCUUCCAAUGGGAAGAGCAGCCACACGGUCACUGGGGCAGCUGUCAAUGCUGGCAGUGUUUUGUGGCCUGUAGGCACUCGGGGGCCACAUUACUGGGGACAGAUAUUUCCAUACUUGCAGCGUAGCAGUGCCUUUUCUGGUCUGCAUGCGCAUGCCACGUUACUGGGGCAUAUUUCUACGCUAGCAUUGCUUUCUGGCUUGUAGACAUCGGCAACGUUACUGGGGAAGAUUUCUGUGCUACCUUCUUCACCCAAACACAGCUCCUGGGCAUUAUAUUUCUCGGCCUUUUGGCUAAGAUCAAGUGUAGUAUCUGUUCUGAUCAGUUUAAUAUCUGAUCUGUUGUCCAUUGGGCCACUACGAUAUUAAAAAAAAAAAAAAAAAAAAAAAAAAAACAGCUUCUGCUUCCUACAAGGAGAGGGGCGUUGCAAGAAAUCUCAAGAUGCUGCCUCAGCAGGCUGCUGCGUGUUCCUCUGCUACUCUGGCAUCUGUGAGCCAUGAAUGUUUAUCAUCCCACUCCAUCCUUCCUAGGUCCCGACCUCACCGACUCCUUUCCGGUCCUGUUUCUCCUUUGUGGCAUCCACGUGUGCUGUCCACCUGUCAUACCCAUAACCGACAUGGAGUGUCGGUGACGGUUCGCUCCUUAGCAGCAACUCCAGUUCGCACUGCACACCGAUGCCGCUUGCUUCAAGCACAAGCAUCUAAAGGUGGUGAUGGCGGGCUCUUGGAAAGUGAAGGUGAAUCAGAUGUUUGUUCUUCUUCGAGUGACGGAACUACAAGCACUGUUGCGAGCAGCAAGAAUCUUUCCAACAAGGCUGGUGCGUACGGUCAUGCUCAGUUUGACAGUUCUGAAUCUUCUGAUCCUGGGACCGAACAACUCCCGAAGUCAUUUGAUAGUACUUUCCGAACAGUGCGACUCUCAUCUUCCAUUUCUACGUCGGCGGAUAGACUAGCAGCAGCAUCAACAGACUCUGCUUCGCAGCCUUUUAUGUCAUCGUCUGUGAGUGAGGCUGCAGUGGAAUUGAGUGGCCAGUCCAUGGUAUUGCCAGAGGCAUCAUCCAAUAGGUUGAGAGAAAAUGAGGCCGGUCAAGCUGAUGGUCUGGAAUCGGAUGGGAAAGGGGUGGGUUCAAGCCUGCCCACAACUGAGGCAGGUGCUGCGCCGAAGGACAGAGUGAAGGCAGCAAUGGAAAGGGCUCGAUCAUACAAGAAUACCGGACAGACAGGACAGCCACUGGGCUCUAGGAGGACAGUCAAAGCAACGCCGGUGAUGGGAUUCAGAACACAAUCGAGAACGGAGUCAGGAACAGACUUGGGAGCAGGGUCGGCAAAAGCGUUGGGAACAGGGGCGCGAACAUUGCCUGAUGCUCCUCCAAGUUCAGAAGACAAGUCAAAGCCGCCGCAAAGUGAUGUGACCACCUCUCCUCGGCUAACACGAGUUUCGCCAGGCGAUGAUGGCGAUGGGCAGCAGAGGGAGCAACUGCCAGGGCUAGAGAUAUCACCAGUUCCCUCAAGCACAAUGCAGAACUCAGAGGUGGUUGAUGAACCAUCUUCAGGUCAGGCGCCUGCUGCUGCUGAUGCCACUCUUGCUAGCUCUGCUACUGAGGCGAAACGUGCAGGAGCAAAGCUUUCCCUUGCCAAGGCAGCAGCGUACCUUAAGGAGCGGAGCAGUCAGGGAACACGAACAGGAACCAAAGAAUCGAAGACUGAUUCACAGAGGACAGAGGGGAGAUCCCAACUCCGAGGUACGGAAGCUGACCCCGUAUAUUCGCCACAGUCAACACCAGGUCCCAUGAACGAUGAGGCUGGUGAGCAGGCAAGGGGGCAGCAAGCAGAACUAGAGAGCCUAGGGGAAGAAGACAAGAGAUUGCCGCAAGUUGACGAAUAUGGUGUCAAGUUACCGGAGGUUGAGAUAAUCACACGGGACGGCAUUAGGCGGCCAGUCUUUUCAAAGAAAUCAGCCUCCUACAAAAGCCCAAACAAUGGUAACAAGGCACGGUCGGCGGCAAAGCCAGCGCCAAAGCCGGAAACCCCUCAGUCUGGUGGGUACCGACUACCUUCUUCUGCUCCCUCAGCGUUUGAGGGGUUUGUGGAUCAAAAUCGCAGCCGAUCAAAUUCUGGAGGGUAUUUGCAGCAAGGACGGGCUGUGGACAGCUUCAACAUGUCGCCACCAAGCGUGCUCCCGCAGGUCGAGAUUAUCACCAGAGACGCAGCGAUUGCCAAUGACAGGGCAUCAGAGGAUUCUAUCCAAGAUGACGGGCUUUAUAAGCCCAAGGUCUCCACGUGGGGAGUGUUCCCCCGUCCAAAGAACAUAUCUGAGAAGUACGGAGGGGGACGAACAAUCAAGCCAGGUGAGAAAUUGAUCAGCGAUGAGGAGAUGGCUACAAAAAACCAGAGAAUACAGCAGCGACUUGCAGAGUAUCGGAAGACAAUGGGCAUUGAUAUUGACCCGGCGACCAAGGCAUCUAUAGACAAGGCAAUGAGCUGUGGACUGGAUUUGAUGAACAAAGGGCAACUUCAGCAAGCACUCUGCUAUUUCGAUGAUGUUAUCAGCCAAUGCGUAUUCAAGAGCGAGCCAUAUGGAGAAGCAGCUUUGCAGAGAGCUUUGUGUCUGGACUCGCUUUCCAGGCGAGAAGAAGCUAAAGAGGUUUAUCAAACACUCGUAUCUCAUCCUACGGCCACGGUUCGGCGGAAAGCUUCACAGAUGUUGUUUGGAUUCCAGGGUUUAGGUUUGAGGGUUUCUGAUUCGAGGUGUAGUGUUUACGUCAGCUGGGAUGGUGUACAUCUUCUGCUGCUGUUGUGUAUGUAAGCUUAGCCCUCUUGUUGACGAUCUGCAAAGGAUGGUUAGUUGGUGUUGCAUUAUGUCCAAUAGACGAAAAAAAAGGCCACUAAGGAACAGUGAUAGAGAAGUACUGUGCAUGAUGGAAGCGGAUGGUGUCCACACUGUCCGGCAAGGAUGGUUAAUUGCUCCCAGGUGGUGGUGUCCAGGCCCCUUUGAUAGCACCAAAUUUUAGACCUUGUAUAGCAGUCGGCUGGAAUAUCACUUUUUGGCCUUGGCCACAUUCCUCGUACACUUACCUUGUGCCGACAAAAGGAAUGU